AUGUCGACCGACGCAAUCAGCAGCAUCGCCAUUCCCACAGCUGGCGGUGGCUUCACCGUUCACCAGCUUGCGAUGCAUGCUAUGCAGGAGUGGGCGCUUCUUCCGUCGUUAUCCAGCUCUCUGCUCAGAGGCCUAAUUUCUUUGCUCUUCAAUUACCACAACAACUGCCUCUACUACCUUUCACACGCCAACGCUCUCUCAUUCCAUCCAACCACCGCACCCACUACCACUACCACGUCCAUCAACGUGAACAACAACGGCGUCGCCAUCCCCACCACUUGCCGUCGGUUCUUCUGUAUCACCAGAGACGGCGCCAGCGCCUAA